AUGGUUGAGGAAAUGGUUGAUCAAAAAGUAAAAGAUAAAAUAUGUAAUUUCGCUAACUUGUAUCUGUCACAAAUUUUAACUGUUCAGACCUGGUUGAUCUCUCACGGAAGUAGCUAUGCCGACAAUAUUUCAAUUUCAAUGCCAAAACUAUCGACAUUUCGAAAUGUGAGUACAUGGCCGGAAUUAUCUUAUUCACUAAGGGAUUGUGAAAGCAAAGCUUCUGUGGAUCUUUGCAAUGGGAAGACUGAAGUAAAUUACAGUCUUGAAAGGCCUUAUCAUGUUGUGGUUGCUGCAACUCGAGAAAUGGGAAUUGGGAAGGAUGGAAAUUUGCCGUGGAAUUUUCCAUCUGAUCUCAGAUUCUUUAAGGAGCUCACAACAACUACAAUAGGUGAUGGUAAAAGAAAUGCAGUGAUAAUGGGGAGGACUUGGGAAAGCAUUCCUCAAAAGUAUCAGCCUUUACCUGGCCGCAUCAAUGUUGUGGUAACUCAUGCAAGGAAGUUGGGAGCUGCAAAUUUUGAAUAUUUAGUUAUAUGUAAUGGCUUGUCCUCAGCAAUGAAGUUACUGGCAGAACCACCUCAUUAUAUGUCUAUUGAGAAGGUGUUUGUUAUAGGAGGUGGCGAAAUUCUGAAAGAAGCAUUGAAUGAUCCUGGUUGGGAGGCGAUUCAUCUGACUGAUAUAGAGGCAAACAUUAAAUGCGAUACAUUCAUUCCCCAAAUUGAUUCAUCAUUGUUCAGUCCAUUGUUCUCAUCCAGGCAGAUGGUGGAAACUAAUAUUCAGUUUUCUUUUAUGACUUAUGUCCGCAAGAGCAAUGCUGCUGAAGUAUCCUCCAGUUCACAAGAUAGUGGUUGUGAUGUUGACAGUGGAAGGACUGUAAACAAGGCAUUGAAUUUUCACAAGAAUCAUGCUGAGCUUGAUUAUCUCAAAAGGAUUCAAGAGAAUAUUGCCAAUAAUAUUCUAAAGUGA